CCCGAUCCGCCGUUUUGGUCCAGCUCUAGCCGUUGGGCGGCGGUGUGUGGCGUGCUGUCUAACAUGCAUAGGUAUUUGUUGAACAUUUCGUACAUCGGCACAACAUUUCGUGGUAUUCAGAAGACAAUUAACAAAUUGGAGCAGUCUUACCUGGACACCAAUUCUAUUCAAGGGUGCAUUGAGCUCGCUCUGCGGGCUUUCCAUCCCACGAACGAGAUCCAGACCGUGCUCUCCAGUCGAACAGACGCUGGUGUCCACGCGCUCCAUUCGACCGUGCACGUGGACCUGGAGCGCCCUAAUGGGCAGCCCUACGACACGACUACGCUGACCGUGGUGCUCAACCGGACCCUCGACAAACAGCGGCUUCCCAUCCGAGUGCUGAGCAGCCGGAUAGUUCCCGACUCCUUCCAUUGCCGCUACCACGCCAUCGGGCGCACCUACCUGUACCGCUUUGCCGUGGCAAAGGAUCCGUCCUCGGGGGACGAGAAUCUCCGAAACAAGGCAUACAAGGCUUUUAUACCCGUGGAGGAAAUCGAUCGCUGUUAUUUUCUGCAAUCCCCUAGCUUUGACAUCGAUCGAGUACGGGUUGCGGCACGAAUGUUCAUCGGCGUUCACGACUUCCGCACUUUCAUGAGCGUCAGCCGCCAAAAAGGGCCUAGUCGGGAUCACCCCAUGUUCACAGUGCGCAAAAUCGACGAGAUUAAUAUACGCCUGGGAAAAACUCUGGCUCUGGCCGCGAACGCCACUCUGGCCACUGAAACCUACGACUAUUGGGACUUUGAGAUUAAGGCUAAGUCGUUUUUGUACAAGCAAGUGAGGCGCAUUGUCGGCGCGCUGAUUGCCUUGGGCAGCGGGCGUAUUGACGAGAGGUGCAUUUACCAAAUGCUCACCAUUCCCUCGAAGAACUCUUGGGAUCAUCGGGUGCUCCUGGCGCCAGCCUGCGGCCUCUACCUGUGCCGAGUGCACUACAGGGAAACGGGCAACUAG